CCCCCGUGUGCUCAAGCGGAAAUGUGCUCAUUCUCCCAGUGUGGAGUCAUUUUUGCUCGAUUAUGGUCGGCGAUUCUCAUUACAUGGACGGAACGGCGACCGAAAGGCACGGAGGUUUAUCUGGCAUCGAGGACGUGCGACCUUGAGAGGAAAGCUGGAAGGGAACCAGCCUGUUUGGACGGCUCGUAGGGCGACGCUGAGACGGGGCUGCGGUGGCUUAGUUGCCGUUUACCGAGCAGUGGGGACGGAAAGCUCUGGAAGAACGGAGCUCUGCUCUGCUCUGCACUGAGGGAGAAACGGUUCACUCACAGAAGUAACUAUCCUCGAGUUCAGCCGAGAAGGCGAGUUUUUUUCGGGGCCUAAGAAGGAGCUGCUAGCUCCAGAGCUACAUGGACUGGAGUAAUUCGGUGAAUUAUUUAAUCUCCUCCAGCUCCGCGCCUCACACAGCGACCCGGAGGGACGACGCUCGGAAACAUGCGCGGAGGGAAGACGAGAAUUAAAUAGACCGUUUCAUGGCUUUGGGUUUGGGACGAAAAGCAGAAAAAAGACAGGAGCCUAGAAAGGUGCGAGCGUGUGGCCCGUGUGGAGGAGUCCGAGGAGUCAUGCGGCGGUGGGGGAGGAUCGGAGCGGGGAGCUCACUCACAGCAGGAGCGGCAGCCAACCACGUAGGCUCUGAACCACAACAACACGCCUAGCAUGUUCCACUGUUACACGUUUAAUGCGAAGGAGAGGCUUCACUCGAGUCCUUACAGGCAGCUACGUUAAUCCGCCUCAGAGUUUAUGCCAGGUGCACGUUUCACUGGAGCCAGGUCAGAGCUAACCGCUACAACACUAUCUGACUGAAGUUGGGCUAGCAUCUGCACAAGCACGCGCGCACGCACCCGUGGUUUGUUUGGUUGCCUCAGCUAACAGAGAAGCCACUCUGAUGAUCUGGUAGACCUUAUCAUUCACCAUUAAGCCUAACAACCAGGGCCAAAUCCACGCAUGUUUGAAUCUCCUUAAACGAGUCAGUGACCUGACCUGCGCUCAGAGGCCCAGAUGGCGUCGUUUCCAGAUUCUGACCUGCAGACAUGCCCCCUGUGUAAGGAGCUGUGUGGCUCCUCCGCUCCGAUCUCCUCCAGCUCAUCUACCUCUUCAUCCUCCUCCCAAACGUCCAACUGCUCUACCUCAUCCACCAGAAGACUCCACGUCCUGCCCUGCCUGCACGCCUUCUGCAGGCAGUGCCUGGAGGGCCUGAGGAACAACGGCGACCCACUGAAGCUCCGAUGCCCGACUUGUGACCAAAAGGUGGCGAUGUCCGAAUCCGGUGUGGACGCCCUGCCCUCCUCUACGUUCCUGUUCAGCGACCUGCUGGACGUCGUAGUGUCCGCCGAGGAGCAGGGCAAAGGGAACAACUGCAGGGGCAAUGGGAACCCUCGCGGGGGGCUCCUCCGCGCGCACCACCUCGCGGACCCUCAAUGCAGCUCCUGCGACGAAGGCAACCCCGCUACCUCGCACUGCCUGGACUGCCGGGAAUACCUCUGUGAUAACUGCGUGCGGGCCCACCAGAGGGUCCGCCUGACCAAAGACCACCUCAUUGAGAGACGGAUGGAGAGUUUGCACCUGGCAGGCCGAGCUAACAGCUCCAGCACUCCGCUCAGCCUGUCUCAGUCGUUCCACAACUUCUCCCUGCUUCCUGUUUUCCACGAUCGAGUGGACUACUGUCAACAGCACGACAACGCGGUGCUGCGUUUUUUCUGUGAGAGCUGCUCCAUGCCCAUCUGUAGGGAGUGCAGUGCUGGGAGACACGUGGGCCACAGUGUCUCCUACCUGCAGGAUGCACUGCAUGACUCCAGAGCACUCACUAUCCAGCUGCUUGCUGAUGCGCAGCAGGGCAGACAGGCUGUGCAGCUGAGCAUUGAGAAAGCCCAAGCCAUUGCUGAGCAGGUGGAGCUGAAGGCUAAGGUGGUGCAGUCAGAGGUGAAGACCACCACACUACGUCAUAAGAAAGCCCUGGAGGAGCGUGAGUGUGAGCUGCUAUGGAAGUUGGAGAAGAUCCGCCAAGUGAAGGCUAAAUCACUGUACCUUCAGGUAGAGAAGCUUCACCAGAACCUCACCAAGCUGGACAGCACUGUUGCCACAGUGACGAAGGUGCUGGAGGAGGGUCGUAGCAUGGACAUCCUGCUAGCACGUGAGCACAUGCUGAACCAGCUGCAUGAGCUCAAAGCGCUACGCUGCAUUCUGCAGCCUCAGGAGGACGACAGAAUUAUGUUCACACCUCCAGAUCAAGCGCUUCUGAUUGCCAUUAAGUCCAUGGGCCUCAUCAGCAGUGGAGCUUUUGCAUCAGCCACUAAAGCCCAUGGGGAAGGCCUCAAGAGAGCUCUGCAGGGAAAACUGACCUCAUUUACGGUGGUGGGUUAUGACCACGACGGAGAGCCAAGGCUGUCUGGUGGUGAUGGUGUUUCUGUGGUCUUAAUGAGUCCAGAUGGAAACCUGUCUAGUGCCGAUGUGUCUGACCACCAGGAUGGCACCUAUACGGUCAGCUACCUCCCCAAGAGUGAAGGGGAGCACCUACUCUCUGUGCUUAUCUGCAACCAGCACAUUGAGGGAAGCCCCUUCAAAGUCAUGGUCAAAUCUGGCCGCAGCUAUGGAGGCAUUGGUCUGCCUGUUGCAUCCUUCGGUGGAGAGGGUGAUGGUGAUGGACAGUUAUGUCGACCCUGGGGUAUCUGUGUUGAUAAGGAAGGCUAUGUGAUUGUGGCUGACCGAAGCAACAAUCGCAUCCAGAUCUUCAAGCCAUGUGGCACCUUUCACCACAAAUUCGGCACUUUGGGCUCACGGCCUGGCCAGUUUGACCGACCUGCUGGUGUUGCCUGCGACAGCCAGAGGAGAAUCAUUGUGGCUGAUAAGGACAAUCACCGCAUCCAGAUCUUCACCUUUGAUGGCCAGUUCCUUCUCAAGUUUGGCGAAAAGGGAACCAAAAAUGGGCAGUUCAACUACCCCUGGGAUGUGGCUGUUAAUUUGGAGGGGAAGAUUCUAGUCUCAGACACGCGCAACCACAGAGUGCAGCUGUUUGGGCCUGAUGGAGUGUUCCUCAACAAGUAUGGUUUCGAAGGCGCCCUUUGGAAGCAUUUCGACUCUCCUCGAGGAGUUGCCUUCAAUCAGGAGGGCCACCUAGUGGUAACUGACUUCAACAAUCAUCGUCUGCUUGUCAUCAGGCCUGACUGCCAGUCAGCUCGCUUUCUUGGCUCCGAGGGAACGGGUAAUGGGCAGUUCUUGCGUCCGCAAGGUGUAGCUGUAGAUCAGGAGGAUCGCAUUAUCGUGGCUGACUCUCGAAACCAUCGCAUUCAGGUGUUUGAACCCAACGGCAACUUCUUAUGCAUGUUCGGGACUCAGGGUAGCGGCUUCGGGCAGAUGGAUCGCCCAUCGGGUAUAGCUGUUACCCCUGACGGAAUGAUUGUAGCCGUUGACUUCGGAAACAACCGAAUCCUCAUGUUCUGAGCUACUUUGUUCAAGGUUUGAAAUAUAUGGUAGCUGAGGAAGUAAAAAGAAGAUUUAGGUACACACUCAUCAGGAGCAAACAUGGCUGAAAGUAUGGCAGUAGUACAGAGCCUUUUACACAUCUAUAUUUAUCAUGAUUGUAGUUUAAUUUGCGCUGCUGGUGAAAGUGUCAAGCCAUUUGAGUAGGAGUAGAGCAAAAAUACUGGAUGCUGAUAGUUUAGGCUAUUUUGCUCUUGAUCUGUGUCUUGAAAUCUUUCUUGUUUGUUUUUUUUUUUUUUUUCUCAGGGAAUUUCUAGCAUUCUUGAAAUAAUGUUCUGUCUCUGCAUUAUACCUACCUCAUCUAGCCUAUGUAUGAAUGUACUCUCUUGUGUGUGCAGAGUCUGUUCUGUGAAGUUUUAUAAAGACGUCUACCUCAGUGCUUUUUUUAUUUGUAGAAUCAGAGAACAUAACAUAAGAAAUGAAGCAAUGUUUGGUUGAUAUUUGCACAGCUCGCACAAAUUUCUUCUGAUUGUUACUGUGCGCGUAACACAGGUUGGACCCCUGAAUGUUUGAGUACAGUGCACCAAAAGACUAGGGCUGCAUGGGCAGAAACAUUUGGAUAAUGUUUUGAUAUAUCUACUGUUUUUUUUUUUCUGAAUUUCAUGUUUUAAAAUUUUUCAUUUGCAUCAUACCUCAUCUAAACCUCUUACCUCACAGCUUAAAUGUACCUCUGUAUAUGGUUGCCUCAUUUUGCAUACCUCACUUUGUGUUGUUUUUCAUUUAAAGAUUAUGCAAGCCUAUGGAAAACUACCAAAAUGCAUGAUUGCCUACAGAAUUAAUUAUUAUGAGCUUUUGCUAAAUUACUUGGUAGGCCUGUUAGUACAGAAUGGAGUCCAGAGUUGAAUAAUGCAAGAAACGAAUAGCUCCCAUUUCAAAAAAACAUUUAAAGAAAAGGGGGCAAAAGAAUUUGAAGAUUUCUUUUUUUUAUUAUAAGUUCUUUGGGACCUGUGAUGAAAUUGAAUCAUCCCUUGCUUUGUUUAUUUAAGUAUUUGUCUUGUUUGUUCUUCAUCUAAUGCACCAUUAAGAUGAAGUGAAGAUUAUCAGAAAGAUUGUUUGGCACAUGGCUGACUUGCUGUAAUUGGCAAACUUGGAUGUAAUCCAAACCUUGUAGGACUACGUAGUUUAUUUUGAUGAAAGGCCUUUCCGAAUGUCUGGAAUGUAUUUUUUGGCCAAAUCCAGAAAGAAAUAACUUGGAUCUCUUGGGAGACCAUUUGCUCUGUCAAUGGAACACAGUUUGAAAACAUCUCGAAUCAUUUGAGUGUGGUCUAAAAUAAGAGACGUUUCGCUUUAUUUGUGGGGAACCACUUUAAUGAUUGCUGUUGCUUGCUUCUUUUGACUGUUUACUAAAAAGAAAGCAUUGGAAAACUAUAAAAAAGACAAGCACUGACAUCCAUAAGAACAGUACAUGGCAGUUUCCCCCCUUGGCAUGUAAUUUAAAAAAAAUGUCAAUUUGAAACUAAAACCAGCAAAGUCUGGUCAGGUUUUCACUGAAAGGCAGUUAGAAAUAUAUAUAAUUGCUUGUUCCGACCACAUGCCCUUGCCGGGCCUAAAUCCCAAAGUCUGCAUGUCAGGUGCUGCUUUAGGUCUGCAUCUCUUUUCUAGAUGGGCUUACCUGUCUGUAAAGCUGCUUGAAUUGUGGUGGAGGUGAGAUUUGUGAGGGCUUUUCUUGCUGACAGUGUAUGCCUACAUGUCUGUUCUUUGGCCUGGUAUAUUCCUUUUCAGAAACAAAAGGUAAAUUCAGGCACAGUUGCUAGGCUAGUCUCAUUCUGUCUGUUCUAAUUUAGCAUUAAAUGGAGGCUCCAUCUGUGAGACGCAUCCCAUUUUGAUUUUUGAAACAGAAAAAUGUUCACAUGCUUAGCAGCUUUUCUAUGAGUGGCAAGGCGAACCGUGACUAAUUUCUUGUUGUAAUGCGCUGACAGUAUUUCUGUAUAGACUGCUGCUUUUUGUACCCGUUUGUUCCAUUCACAGGCUUCAGAAUUCUGUUUUGCCAAACGGAGACAACUGGAAAUAGGCUUGUGCCAAAAAAGAAACAUGGACACUGGUUCUGAACUGGUCUUUAGAUUGCUGUCAUAUUGAAUAUUUUAACCUUGGUUUCUCAGUACAGUGGAGUCAAAGUCUAGCAUGAACUUGCUGUUUGUAGAAGAAGGGUUGUAUAGACACAGAGUUGCCGUUGCUUGAGCUGCUUAACCAAAACAGUUCGCAAGACCAGUUCAGCAAGUAAGAAACCUGAUCCCAGAGUUGCGGGCUAAUAAACAAUUAGAAAAUUUAAAUGACUAAUGUAUAUUGAGAGGAGGAAAGAGUGUAGGCAUUGGGCAGCAAGGGAAAAAAUAAUGAAACACAAAUUUUGCUACUUAUAAAUCUUCACAUCGAUUUACCCUCUCAUUCAGUAUUAAUAUCCAUUAUUUAAUGUGUUUGAAAUUUAGAUGCAGCUCUGUCGUUCAGAGAUCCAAAGAAAUCUCUUCAAGAGAAAAGGAAUUAUUUUUGCAUGCUUUAAAAGCCCUUGUAGACAUGUAUAUGUGGAAAGAGGUGAUAGAGGGGAGACAUUGACACACAUGGAUUUAUACCAAAAAUGUUGUUCUGUUGGGUUGCGGUUGGUGGCUUCGACUACACGAUUGUAUAACUGUUUAAUAAAUAGCUUUACAGAGCAAGGUACUUUUUAGUGUGAGACCUUAGGAGAAAGGUUUACAUAUGCCUUAACACUGCUGCAGUAAACUUCAACUUUUUUUUCCCCCCACCCUCCUUGGAAUCUAAUCAGACUCUGAAAACUGCCAAAGAGCUUGCUCUGUUUUUUCCCCUCCCUGUUAGUAAAGGUGUUGUUAAAAGUAUCCUAUUACAAUUGAUUUAGGAAAUAUAUUGAGAGGAACACAUAGUAGAUCUGUACUGAGGAACUAUCGUGUCAGCCCACUAAACCAGAAUUUGUUGCAUUGGUAUAUGCUUUGUGUGGUGGCUAUUCGGGAAAGCUCCUUAAAACGAGAUUAAAUUUGGAGGGCUAGUUCAGCUUCUCGGAACAUGGUGCCAGAGUACAAUACAAUGAAUAUGGACAUGUCUACAAGAAGUCAUUGUUAAUUGGACUCAAACGGUGCCCUUCAGAAUGUCUAAUCGCUGCAUGGUAUCUCUUGAUAGGACCUUUGGUCAGUGUCUGUACGGGUUUCCCACCAAUUAUGGUGUAUUCCAGCUUUUGACCUGUUUCCUAAUCUGGACAAAGCAGAAGGAAAGAUGUUAACAGUUCAGAAGUGCAUGGUCUUUUUAUGAUUGUAUUAUCUACGAAGAAAAGAAAAACACAAAAAAACUCAGGUAGCUUUCUAGAGAUUUGAUUCGAAUUCAAUAUUUGUUUCUUACAAUCGGAUAGAAGAUCCUUUGUUAGUACUUCAUAAAAGUUAGUAUCUAUUUUGUGUGUGCAUUUAUUGUAUUGAUCUAUGAAAAAAAAAAAAAAAAAAAAACUUGUUGCUGUUGUUGAAUUCCAUAGGAUCCUUUACAACCAAAUUUGCUGUUAGUUGUGUUAACUUUCGAUUAGGGGGUGAGCAAAAUGUAAUAUUAGAGAAACGGCUGUCUAAAUUCAACAGUUCAAAUAGCACUAAAGCAAUUGCGCCGAAAUAUUUUUGAUACCAUGAGGAUGUGAUCUUGUUGAUUGCUGUAUUGAUGGGAGAGGUACUCAAAGUUCAGUAUACUGAGAAUCAAAAUUGACCAAAGAUAUAAACUGGCUGCCUAAAGAAAUUAUUUUGCCUUGGGAUGCAUCAGAAAUUCCUUAUUACAGUGGUUAUUCUGAUGACAGCAAUCCAUUUUUUUGUAUAUUUAGGAAUCCAAAUUGUAUUACAGUAUAUCGCGUCUCCAUUUCUUCAAAUCAUUACAGCUUUUUGUUUGAUCAUUACUGGAUUGUGGGCUUGGCUGUGAGACAGGCUAAGCCAAGAGGUGUGGAUAGAUGGCUGCCUAAGUUCAGACCAGGUCUCAAUUUUGCCUUUUAAAAUGUAAUGAUUAGGAUAGAAUCAAAGUAGCAAAUACAGAUUCCUGGUCUGUUGUGUUGGGUGGAUGUUAUGUUUGGUGCCCUCCAAGAGGUCCACAGUUAGUUUUAUCAUUCUUUACUCUCCCUCUCUUGCUCUCUAAGCAGCACUCACCAUCCCCAAACCUUUCAAUCAGAACAAAAUACUCAUGGAUUUCUGUCUGGGUCAGACUGAGGAGACUGUAUGAAAUAUUUGGUGGUCUACAGUCUUGUGCUCUUGUCUUUUGUGGACUUUAAACAUUUUCCUAUGCAGUUUUUGAUUUUAUGUUUGGUUGUUUACACUUAAAUAAACUUGUAUCUCUUGGGAUCCUGAA